CCUGAUUGAAUUUUCGCAUCUAAAUUUGAGAGUCAACAUUUGCAUUGCGCACCUCAUCAUCAAAAUACAAUGAAUGCUACAAGUGAGAAGCACAGAAUUGUCUGCGGAUUCCAAUAACGUGAUGAACAAGAAAGGUGAUACAGUAUGGAAAGUACCGUGUACUGUGUGUACCUGUCAUUUCCACCGACUCCAAGGCCUGAUCAUUGGCGAACGCCUGGGGGCCCCGCUCGUUCCGUCAAAGCGACGUGCUCGACAUUCCCAACGUGUCAAGCGGGAUACUUAAGAAGCGGUCGCCGGCCGCGGUGGUGCGCGUCGCGCUCGACGACUGCAAAGAUGGCGUUUGGCCUUCGCUCACUAUUCCUCCUGUGCAUCCUCACCCAACUCUGGACUGGAGACUGGUGUAAGCCUGUCAGUCAUGCAAAAGCUAACGGCUGCCCGAGAGGCUGGACUCGUCUCGACAGCCGCUGUUUCAUCUUUCAGCGCGAGGGGAGAACCUUUGCCCAUUCCGAGAGCAUCUGCAACAUUCUUGGCGGGAAUCUGGUGUCCAUCCACAGCGAUUUGGAAAAUGCGGUCGUUACCGAGCUGGUUUCCCGUGGAGGCGUCACAGGUGCCUUCUGGAUUGGACUUCAUGAUGCAAUUGAGGACGAUUCCUUCAUCUGGACUGACGGCACUGAUGUGGAUUUUCGAAAUUUCCAGUUUUGGCCGUCAGAGCCCGAUAACUCUGGCAAAUGCCUCAAUGUGUUAGACUCGGGCGGGGACUGGGGAGACGACAAUUGCGCAACAGAGUCACCGUAUGUUUGCGCCAAAGAUUGGUGACCUUCCAGCUAUGCGCGCGCUGUCAGGGCAGGCAAAAUGUUGCUUGCCUGUGUGUGAAGAGCACAACAAUCCUAUGAUUAAAAGGAUUGCAUUGGAGUUGCCUGCUCAUGACUUUAUACAAUAUUGAUUGUCUUUUGGCAUCCGAAAACGUCCGGGAUUUGAUGCUUCAAUUUAAGAUAGAGCCAUGUUUUGUUUUCGGAUUUUUUCAGAA